UCGUUUCUACCCUUCCUCUCCUGCAAUAAUUCCUUACAAAUAUUUUCCCACUUAAAUCUUAAUUCUCUGCCAAAAAACAAGAUCCGCCAUUUUUAUACUUUGAUUUUAGCUGAAAUAUUCAUUUUUUUACCCCAUUUUCUUCUUCGUCGAGGAUUUCGAUCUCAUAUCUUCUUCUACCUUUUGCUGUUCAGUAUUUGUUGAAGGAAAUUAUUAUAUACUAAUUAGUUUCAAGCUCAAGAGCUAAUAUUAAUAAUGGAGAUGGAUUUGAAUCCGAGGUUCGCUAGUCAGACGAUAUUCGAAGGAGAUGGUGGAUCAUACCAUGGAUGGUCGAGCAAAGAGUUUCCAUUGCUUGCUCAGGCAAAGCUUGGAGCUGGUAGACUUGUUCUUCAACCCAAUGGCUUUGCUCUUCCCCACUAUAGUGAUAGCUCCAAAGUUGGUUAUGUUCUUCAAGGUUGUGAUGGAGUAGUUGGAAUGGUAUUUCCCAAUACUUCCAAGGAAGUAGCAUUGAAGCUUAAAAAAGGAGAUGUAGUACCAGUACCUCUAGGAUCACUCUCAUGGUGGUUCAACAAUGGAGAUUCUGAACUUGUAGUUGUAUUUCUUGGACAAACAACCAAAGCAUACAUUCCUGGAGAAUUCACCUAUUUCGUUUUAGCUGGUGGUCUUGGAAUACUAGGAGGUUUUUCAACAGAAUUCACCAGCAAAGCUUUUGAUUUGGACAAAGAUGAAGCAAAUGAAUUGGUGAAAAGCCAAUCUGGGGUUUUUAUUAUUAAGCUAGAAGGUUCAAAAGCCAAUAUGCCUAAACCUCAAGAAAAUAAAAACAAAGAACUUGUUUACAACAUUGAUUCUGCUGAGGCUGAUGAUUGUGUGAAGAAAGGUGGAAUAGUGACUACAUUGAACAAAACCAAGUUUCCUUUUAUUGGUGAAGUUGGAUUGGCUGCCAAUCAUGUGAAACUCCAUGCCAAUGCCAUGAGCUCUCCUACAUAUACUACUGAUUCCAGUGUUAGAUUGAUAUAUGUUCUGAAUGGUGGUGGAAGGAUCCAAAUUGUGGGACUUAACGGAAAACGGGUUUUGGACAGCGAGGUGAAGGCUGGUCAGCUGGUUGUCGUUCCGGCGUUUUUCGCCGUUGCAAAACUUGCUGGUGAUGAAGGGAUGGAGUGCAUCUCAAUCAUAACCAAUACAGAGCCUGUUUUGGAAGAUUUAGCUAGUGAGGAAUCAGUGUUGGCUGCUUUGUCACCUGAAGUGUUACAAGCUUCGCUUAAUAUCAGUGCAGUGCGUGAAAAACAUUUGGUCUCCAAGAUUAGGAAGAAUUCAAUUAUCCUGCCUUCAAGCAAUUAAGUGAUUAUCUACUUAAUAUAUAUAUAUAUAUAUAUUUAUUUAUUUUGUUGGAAAUGUUUUGUUUAAUUCCUACGCCAUAAGUUUUCAUAACAACAAUUGUGGUGAAGAGCGGAAUAUAAUUCGUUCUCAUGAUAUCCCAAUAAUUUAUACCUUAUGUAUUUCAAAUUUCAUCAUGUGUUUUAUGCUUCUAUGCUGUAUCAAUAUAUAAUCUCUAUGAACUUAAUGGUUCUUAUGCUUUCAA